GGUUAUAGGAUGAGGAAGGGACCUACUCUUUCCCUUAAUUGGAACAAAAAGCUCAGUCCUUCUAAACUGAGCCCUCAACAAAUCUUCACAAAACCUGAAAGCAAUUUGUAGAAAAAAGCACAAAAAAAAAGUUCCCCUUUUUCCAUUGAUGUCUGAUAGCUGUAACUCUCGUCAUUUUUCAUGGCUAAUGAAAUCUUGUUUUCCCAAUACACAAGACCCACCACCCCACCAACCUACCCCCACCAUUUUAACCACCACUAUUUCUUCACUACCAGAUGAACUUCUUCUUGAAUGUUUAUCAAGAGUUACUGAUUCUUCACUUCCUUCAUUGCCUUUAGUUUGUUCUCGUUGGUCUCACCUUCUUGAUUCUCCGACUUUUCACCUUCUCCGUCACCGGAAUAACCUUUUACAAUUUACCCUUUUCGCCUUUUCGAUUUCUAACGGAACUCUUUUAACCGCUAGUUACAACGUAUCCAGUGUAAUCCCACGAAUAGGGUCUGAGGAGGGUAGACUGGACGCGGACCUUACAUCUAAUUUGGGAGUUAGAGAGACUGUUUUCGAUAUACCCUCGGCUAGUGUCAGAUUGAACAAUACUUACAACAACAACAACCCCAAUGUAGGAGAGGGUAGAGCGUACGUAGGUUUGAUCCCUAUCUUGGGAGGUACAGAAGUUGUUUCCGAUAGAUACUUAGCUAGAUUGAACAACAACUAUAACAACAAUAACAUACCGAGUGUAAUCCCACGAAUGGGGUUUGGUGAGGGUAGAGAGACUCUUUCUGAUAGAUCCUCGGCUAGAUUGAACAAUAAUUACAACAACAUACCGAGUUUAAUUUCAAGAAUGGGGUUUGGGGAGGGUAGAGAGACUGUUUUCGACAGAUGCUCGGCUCGAUUAAACAAUAAUUCCACAUGGAAAAUUUGUUCUUUUGAACAACAUGGGUCUUUAUAUUCUUUGUUUUCACAUUUUCGUUUAUCAGCAAUUGGUCGGAAAAUCUACGUUAUUGGUCGGACAGCUAUGUUAAGGUGUGACACGUGGACAGGUAGUGUUGUUCCAUUACAAGGGCCUGUUUUUCCUAGGAAGAAAUUUGCUGUUGCUGUUGUAUGUGGGAAAAUAUAUGUUGCUGGAGGUUGUACAGCGGUGGAGGAGUAUGAUCCAAUGAGUGACACGUGGCGCGUGGUGGCUAACGCGCCGAGGAAAAGGUAUGGGUGUGUUGGCGCGUCGGUUGAUGGUGUGUUUUAUAUCAUCGGUGGACUCAAACUCAGCAGCGCGUCGGGAAAUGAUCUGGUGGCGCGUGGAACCCGUGCAUCGGAUGCAGCCCAUGUAUACGCUAGCUCAAUGGAUUUAUACGAUGCUGUUAAUGGUGUUUGGUUACGCAGCCGAUCCGUUCCUGGAGGCGGCUGCGUGGUGGCAGCAUGUGCUGCUGCCGGAGAAAUAUACAUACUUUCCAGCCAUGCAGUGGAGCUAUCAUUCUGGAAAUUUAACGGGUCACGAAAAUGUACCCGUUUUGGUGAAUGGUGUAGGAUAAAAUCGCCACCAUUGCCGGCGCAAGUUAGAUUAGACAGUACUGUGAGAUUUAGUUGUGUUGGGAUUGGAGAGACAGUGAUGUUAGUACAAGUAAAUGGUUGUAUUGAUGAUUUGUUAAGGCGAAGUGGGAGAAUAGAGAGAGGGAUGAAGGAAGGGUUGGUGUUGGUUUAUGAUUGUGUCGUUGGUGAAUGGAGCAGAGUUGCUGAUUUGCCAGGGGUGAUUCGCCGAUCUGCUUGUGUCGGUGUUGAGUGCUAAUUUAUCAUUUGUAAUUGAUCCCAUUCACAUUGUUGUAUGUUAUUCUUUAGAAACAAUUAUCUUUUCUUUUGGGGCGGCACAAUAAAAUUGGUGGCCUAAAGCUAAAUCAUUAAAGAAACUUUAAUCUUAUUUCAUAAUAUGGUGACAGAGAUGUACCCGAUUUGGUGAAUGGUGUACGGUGAGAUUUAGUUGUGUUGAGAUUGGAGAAAAGAUGUUGUUAGUACAAGUAAAUGGCUGUAUUGAUGACUUGUUAAGGAGGAGUGGGAGAGCAGAGAGGAGGAUGAAGGAGGGGUUGGUGUUGGUUUAUUAUUGUGUUGCUGGAGAAUGGAGCAGAGCUGCUGAUUUGCCGAUCUGCCUGUGUCAGUGUUGACUGCUAAUUUAUCAUUUGUAAGUGAUCACAUUCACAUUGUUGUAUGUUAUUCCUUGAAAAAGUUAUCUUUUUCGUCGAGAGCGGCUCAAUAAAAUUGGUGGCCUAAAGCCAACUCAUAAAAGAGGCUUUAAACUUAUUUUGUAAGAUUCAUAUACGACCCGACGAGCAACACGUGGCGCGUGGUGGCUAAUGCGCCGAGAAAGAGGUAUGGUUCAGUCUAGCAUUUUGGAAGUUUAAUGGGUCACAGAAAUGUACCCGAUUUAGUUGUGUUGGUAUUGGAGAUAAGGUGGUAUUAGUACAAAUUAAUGGUUGUAUUGAUGAUUUGUUAGGGAGGAGUGGAAGAAUAGAGAGAGGAUGAAGGAGGGGUUGGUGUUGGUUUACGACUGUGUCGCUGGAGAAUGGAGCAGAGCUGCUGAUUUACCGGAGGUGAUUCGCCGAUCUGCCUGUGCCUUUGUUGAGUGCUAAUUUAUCAUUUGUAAUUUAUUCCAUUGACAUUGUUUAUGGUAUGUUAUUCUUUGAAAGACGACUCAAUAAAAUUAGUGACUUAGCCAAAUCAUCAAAGAAACUUUGAAGUUGUUUCCCAAUGAUUCUGAAAAUUUAACGGAUCACAGAGAUGUACCCGAUUCAGUGAAUGACAGUGAGAUUUAGUUGUGUUGGGAUUGGAGAAAAGGUGGUUUUAGUACAAAUUAUUGGUUGUGUUGAUGAUUUGUUAAGGAGGGAGUGGGAGAAUUGAGAGAGGGGUGAAGGAAGGGUUGGGGUUGGUUUAUGAUUGUGUCGCCGGAGAAUGGAGUAGAGGUGUUGAUUUGCGUAGGGAUUUAGCAGCUCAGUUAGUUGGCUACGUGAAUUUUUAUCUUAUUAGUGAGGAUUCAAAUCUCACGUUAUAAUUCCCUUCCCCUACCCUUUAUGUAAUAAAAAUUGUUUUUAAAAAAUCAAGAGCUGCUGAUUAGCCGGAGGUGAUUCGCCGAUCAGCCUGUGUUUGUGUUGAGUGCUAA